AUGGGUGGCGGUGGCGGUAGAGAGUGGUGGAAACGAAGUAGUGUGGGCCUGGCGUGUAGAGUAGGAGAAGACUGCGCCAGGAGGGCGAGAGCAGGAGAGGAGGAUCAGAUUGCACAGGAAAGUAAGCUCGAUCCCAGUUCGAACGCUUCGGUUCGGUCUUACGGGUUUAGUCUUGAACAGUGGAUUGUUACCGUAGCUGAUCGGGAAGAUCGGGAUAGAUACCUGAGGACCAUCAGCAAUUCGAUGCCGCACGCCGGCAUUCCGACGUCAGCUCUAACCGCGAAGAGAAGGCGCAGGCAACAACUACCGGUCACCCUUAAAAAAUGGUGGCCAUGGUGGUUGCUCCUACCAGGAUGUUUGGCAUCGUGGACGCGAUACGUCGAGGAGUACGACUCCAUUAGAGUGGCCAGGUGCGACGCUCGAUGCGGGGAGAAUCAUUCUGACGAGUGCGUGGAAAAUUGCUUGGCGUCGAAUUACACGAAACCUGGUUAUUGUCCUGAGAGAAUGUCCAUGACGCCCUUCGAAGCUGCUUGUUUGAUCGCCUGCAUCGAUGACUCCCGCUGUCCGGAUUUGGCAAAGUGUUGCUCUCAUGAUUGUGGCAUCACGUGCAUGCAUCCCGUCGGUUUGGACAGUCGAAACGAUUUGCCAGUUAUACCUGAGAAUCUACAGAUACAACAACAAAAGAGAAAUCUAGUACUUCUAACGUGGCGCAAUAGCAGGUCAGGUAUCAGCAACGUGUCCGCUAACGACAAUGACAGAGAUGUUCGGUAUUUAGUCGAAGAGCGUCAUUUGGUCGGCCCUAGGUUCAUAGAAUCUAGAUUGAGUUCUUGGACUGUAUGUCAUGUGUCGACGAAACCACACGCGACCCUUCGAAGUAGGCUGAAAACAGGACACUGGUAUCAGUUUCGUGUGGCGGCUGUCAAUGGAAAUGGAUCACGCGGAUACUCGCAACCUUCCAGGCCCUUUAAAACGAAAGAACCACGGAACCCGAAAGAACCUCAGAACUUGACUUUGUCUAACGCUCGGCUCAUUGGUGGAAAGCUGCGUAUUAAUUUACGAUGGAUUAAACCGACGUCGGACGUGCCGAUAUCGUUUUACAAAAUAUUUUGGAGCAGAUUUAUCCACGGACCAACAAAUGAUUCUAUUCUCGUCUAUCAUAAGACGAUUCUUAAAGAUAAGACCUGCUAUGAAUUGAAAAAUUUGGAACUCAAGUGCCAGUACUUCCUUCAGGUGCAGGCGGUGGCGAUGUACGGCGGUCGGCGUCUUACUUCACGCAAAGCAUCCAAGGUCUUCAAUAGCACCGAUUAUAUGGCGUACGCCGACAUCGGGAGACGUUCUCGCAGAUGCGAGCGAACGCAGGCUGGUCUUCAUGUGCGUCGCAUGAAUUGCCAUUGUGGAGAGAUCAAGGCGCGUCUAGUUUGGCCAACAAGCAGCGACGCUAGCAUGUAUAAUAUCACUUGGCAAGAGGAGUCCUGUUCACGCAAGAAAGGUCCGGAACAUCGUCGGAAAUCCAAUUCUUGGAAAGUGGUUCAGGCAUCUCACUAUGAUUUGCGACAGCUUCAAAACGACUGCAUGUAUAGUGUAAAUGUACGAAAUAUAUUAAAAAAUAGCGAAAAUAUCGGUCAUGGUACUAGUAUAGAGUUCUUCGCAACGGGAUGUCAAGACGAUCAGAAACAGCGGAAGUAUUCGCGGAGAAAAACGAUGCGAUGCAAAACAAAAUCGUCCAGAUCUACAAAACAGUUUUCCGGUUUAUUUGUGAUAAAUAAAUAAAAAUAAAUAAACUUUUGGUUUAUUUGAACGUAUACG